CAGGGACCCGGCUCAGGAUAUGAACUUCGAGGAUGUGGCUGUGUACUUCUCCCGAGAGGAGUGGGGACUCCUUGAUGAACCUCAGAGGCGCCUGUACUGCAGUGUGAUGCUGGAGAACUUGGCACUUGUGGCCUCGCUGGGUAAGACUGUCACCUUGCUCCUCAUGUCCUGAAGUGAUGUCCUGCUUUUCCUUUUUUCCCCAGAAUUCUCUCUUUCUUUCCCACAGCUGGAUUGUGGGCUCUGCUCAUUUCUGUGACUUUCUUGUUAUGUGUGCUGUGGGUCUCAGUGCUGAGCUGUGUAUAGUGCCCGGAGCAAUCAACUCCCCAAGCAUCCCUCAUACCUGUUACUUCAAAAAGUGCAGGGAAGGGUCUGGAAGUCAGGAGUCUUGAAGUUAACUUAAUGGAUCCCACCUUGUUUGCCUUCUCCCUGGCUGGGUGACUGUGUCCACAUCCCUGGCUUCCAGCUGUGCCCCUUUCCUCUAGCUAACAGUUCUUUGCAACUGCUUAUGCCAGGUCAUGGUCAUCAUUCACAUGAACCAUGGGCCGUUCUUGUAAGAUCCUCCUUCAAUUGUAUUUUUAUUUUCUUUCCUGAAUAUUACCGCAUGACAAGUUGCACGGGGCCAGUGGGGGCCACUCGGGGCCACUCAUUGUGCAUCUUUCGUUAAGACUUGCAUCAUUCAGGUUCUGAGGAGUUACACAGUGGAGAGUGCAGGGAAAACACUGGUUUUACAGGGUGGACGUGGCAAAGAUGGUCUCAGUGGAGGUCUGGCCCUCAAGAGUGUCAGCUGGGGGACGGCAUGACAUCAGGGCUGUGUUCAGAUCAUCCUGGCGACUUGCCAUGUGUUCAGUAGCGUUUUGGUGCAGGUACCACCAGCCACGUGUUGUUUCUACCUUUUCUUCUGCAUACUUAACACUUUGCUGACUUGUCAUUUCACCUGAGACUUGCAGCUCCUUACACCCUUGUGGCCUUCCUGGGCUUCCGGUUCCUCUGCACUCCUCCCUUUACGAUGUCCUCCAACAGUGACCUGCACGUGGUGUCAGGAGGUGUGCACAUGUCCUUAUGUCAUCCUUGAACCUGCUCUUCAGGUCCAGCUGAGUUUUAUCGGGACAGGCCACAGCCAGCCUCCCACACAGUGUGCCCGUGUCGCUGGCAGAUAAGGUCCAACUGGAGGAGGAAUGAGGAGGCAGGGUCCCCUCCUCUAUGUGGUGCACCCUAUGCUUGUGUCUUGUCUGUUGAGGUCUCUUCUGGUCUCUUCAGAGGCUUAGUACUGCUAAGCAGCCCCUACCUCAACCUGCCCCCAGCUGCCUUGUUCUCGGAGCAAUCACCUGGACACAACUUGUGUCAGACACACCUUUGAAAUGGGGCUUCCCCCCUUCCACCGAAGUCAAUGUGCAUUUCUUCAGCAUUUCUGCUUUCAUGUAGCAGGCAUGGGAUGAGGAGGCCCCUUCUGAACAGGCUGUCUGUAGGAGAGUCCCAGAUCAGGGCUUCUCAGGCAGGUCUGUCCACACAGAUCAGUCCUGUGAGAUGUGUAUCCCAGUGUCGAAAGAUACUUCACACUAUUGCUGAGUGCCAAACAGUAUACCCUUGGCAGAAACCAUACUUGGGUGCCACAUGUGUGAGAUGCUUCUCUUUCCAUGCAGACCUUCACCAGCAACAGAGGCAUGGCAGUCAGGAGAAGCCCUGGAAAAGAGAUGUGGACAGGGCCUUGUGUGUGACAAGCUGCAACUUCUGUGUGUCAGGGCAGCCUUUCACAUGUAGGAAGGUUGGAGAGAGCUCCCCAGCCACCUUGAGACAUCUUCAGCUCCAGACCAGUUCCAACACUGAGGAGCCACAUGGUGGCAACCAGAGUGGGGAGGCCUGUCGCAGCGGGAAAAGUCAGUACAAUGGGGGUCAGUGUGGAAAAGCUAACAGCCACAACCAUGCACUUGAUGAACAUUGGAGUGUCUGCUCCGGAGAAGGGCUUUAUGAGGGAGGCAAGUGUGGGAAAGCCUUCAGCUGCAACUACAGACUUGUGCAGCACCAGCGAAUUCACACUGAACGAAGGCCAUAUGAGUGUGGUGAAUGUGGGAAAUUCUUUAGCCAGAUCUCUGGCCUUAUUAAAGACUGGAGAAUUCACAGUGAUAAAGAGCUUUACGGAUGCAGAGAAUGUGGACAAUUUCUUACCCAUAACUUCAGUUUCAUAAAACACUGGAGAAUUCACACUAGAGAAAGAACUUAUGAAUGCAACAAAUGUGGAAAAGUCUUUAUCCAGAGAUCUAAAGUCAUUCACCACCAGAGACUACACACUAGAGGAAUGCAUUAUGGCUGUGGUGAAUGUGGGAAAUCUUUUAGCUACAAAUCCAACCUUAUCGAACACCAUAGAGUUCACACUAGAGAAAGGCCUUAUGAGUGUACUGAAUGUGGGAAAUCCUUUAGACAAAGCUCUAGUCUUUUCCAACACCAGAGAGUUCACACUGGAGAAAGGCCAUAUAAUUGCAGCGAACGUGGGAAAUCCUUUGGACAGAUCUUUGACCUCAUUCGACUUGGGAGAGUUCACAGUGGAGAAAUGCCUUAUAAGUGCAGUGAAUGUGGGAAGUCCUUUAGACAGUUCUCUAACCUCAUUCAACACCAGAGUGUUCAUACUGGAAAAAGGCCUUUUGGGUGCAGUGUUUGUGGGAAAUCCUUUAGCCGCAAAUUUAUCCUUAUUCAACAUCAGAGAAUUCACACUGGAGAAAGACCUUAUGAGUGCAAUGAAUGUAGAAAAUCCUUUACCCGAAAAUCUGACCUCAUUCAACACCAGUGGAUUCAUACUGGCACAAGACCUUAUGAGUGCAGUGAAUGUGAGAAAUCUUUUAGGCAACGGUCUGUCCUCAUUCAACACCAGAGAGUUCAUUCUGGAGAAAAGCCAUAUGAGUGUGGGGAAUGUGGGAAAUCCUUUAGCCAAAAUGCUAGCCUUAUUCAACACCAGAGGGUUCACACUGGAGAAAGACCUUAUGAAUGCAGCGAAUGUGGGAAAUCUUUUAGCCGCAAAUCUAACCUCCUCAGACACAGGAGAGUUCACACUGGAGAAAACCCUUGAAUGUGAGGUACAUUAGAAUUCUUUGUGUUAUUGCCAAGUAGCAUUCUCUUCUGUGGAUAAUGGCUUUAUCCGUGCAUCUGUUCUGGACAUACGUUAUUUCCAGGUUUGGGGUGUUUACAAAUAAAGCUCCUGUGAAUAUUUACAUUCAUUUCUUUAUGUGGCUGUGUUUUAUUUCUCUUGUUGUAAUAACUGAAACUGCCAGAGUGGAGGUGAGUGUUUCACAUUCUAAGAAGUGGGAAACUGAUCUAUAAUGGUUUUGCUCUUUGGCCUUCCCAUCAGUAGCACAUGU